GCUACGUCCCCAGGGUCUCCAGUGCUGACGGGUCCUGCGGGACCCCUACCUUCUACACCAUCCACAGUACGACCAGACUUGACCUGGGCUCCAGGCUCUGAGCCUCAAGAACUGUUUCCGCGAGCAUGCGGCAAUAGAACCAUGAGGAUCGUUGGUGGAGCCCCAGCCCCAGAGAGGCGGUGGCCCUGGCAGGUGAGCUUGGAGAGCAAUAAGAAGCAUGUGUGUGGUGGCACCCUCAUCUCCAGCCGCUGGGUCUUGACCGCUGCCCACUGCAUAUUUGGUGAGAAAGAGUACAUGGUGAAGCUCGGAACCACGAAACUGUAUACUCCAUCGGAAAGUGCUAUGGUGGUUCCUGUCGAAGACAUUGUCAUACAUCAGGACUAUGAAGUUAUCACCUUGUUUGGUGACAUUGCCCUUGCUCUGCUGGCCUUCCCCGUGAAUUUCUCUUCAAGCAUCCAGCCUGUGUGCUUAGCUGAGAAGAUGAUGAAAGUGAAAGCUGGGACCCUAUGCUGGGUCACAGGAUGGGGACGAACAGUAGGAAUACGAUCAUCACCAGCACCAGAUGACCUUCAAGAGCUGCAGCAACAUAUAGUUCUCCGUGAUGAUUGUGAUAAGAGAUAUAAGAAUGAAUUUGGACGCUUUCGACUGUUUGUGCAAAAAGGGAUGAUCUGUGGCUACAGAGACAGUGGCCAAAGUCCGUGCUGGGGUGAUUCUGGAGGCCCUCUUGUCUGUGAGAUCAAUGAGACAUGGAUUCAAGUGGGGAUUGUGAGCUGGGGUGCUGACUGUGGUAACACUCCCGUUCCUACAGUGUACACACAUGUCAGUGUGGGUUCCCGAGUCCACGAGGAUUCUGGGGUGACGGAGCCAAGCCCGGAAUCCCGGAAACCUGUGGGACAUCCGAAAUCCCUGGGGACCUCGGAACAUGCUACAGCCCCGGGGUCUCCCGCGUUGGCUGGGCCUGAGGGACCCUCUGUUCCACCUAUAUCCAGGCUAGACAUGGACUGGGUCCUGAACUCUGAACCUAAAGAGCUGUUUCCACGAGCAUGCGGCAAUAGAACCAUGAGGAUCGUUGGUGGAGCCCCAGCCCCAGAGAGGCGGUGGCCCUGGCAGGUGAGCCUGCAGACAAAGGAUGGCCACAUUUGCGGAGGCUCCCUCAUCUCCAGCCAGUGGGUACUCACUGCCGCCCACUGCAUAUUAGGUUAUGAGAACUACAUAGCAAAACUGGGAGACCACAGGCUGCGCCCUCCAUCCUCCAAUUCAAUUCUGGUUCCUGUUCGGGACAUUGUGCUGCAUGAAGAUUUUGACUCCUCUUUGAGAAACGACAUUGCUCUUAUCCUGCUGGCCUUCCCUGUGAAUUUCUCUGCAUAUAUCCAGCCUGUGUGCUUGCCUGAGAAGCAGAUGGAAGUGGAGAAAGGGACUGUGUGCUGGGUCACUGGAUGGGGCCGUCUGGAAACAAACUUGCAAAUACGACCACCAAAUGACCUUCAAGAGGUGGAGCAAUACAUUAUUCUCUACAAGGAAUGCAAUGUGAUUUUCCAGAAGAAACUGAAAUUGUCAUCAAAUCUGGUGCAAAAAGGGAUGAUCUGUGGCUACAGAGACAGUGGCCAAAGUCCGUGCUGGGGUGAUUCCGGAGGCCCUCUUGUCUGUGAAUUAAUGGAGACAUGGAUUCAAGUGGGGAUUGUGAGCUGGGGUGUUGCUUGUGGUAAAACUUUUCUUCCUGCGGUAUACACGCAGGUUAGCCUGUAUAAGGACUGGAUAACAGCCAUUUUAAGUCAGGCUGCAUGCAUGGGGUCCGUGGGGGUCUGCCAGCUACUUCUGUGCCUGGAGCUGCUGCUGCUGGCCAUCGUGAUGCCCCUGUGAGCGCCUCAGCCCACUCCCCUGUGUUUCUGAGUUUCACAUUCCAUCAGCCUCCCCUUCUUUCCAAGGCCCCCACCUCAAAAUCCAUUGGGGGAUCCAUCUACUCUCUGGAGAGCCACACAGUACUUGUGGCAGGGAGAUGGCUGUCUGCCAAGUGUCCCAGACUGCUGACCCCGUCUCUUGCCUCAGCCAGGCAUGAUGCAGUGGCUAUCUGUCCCCCACCACAAGUUUGUUAUU